UCAUCCAGGUGUGUUUCCAGCAGCAUGAUUCCUCUACUCAAUCCCUUGCUAUUUCCACCACUGCUCCUUCUAACCCUCAGUAUUCAGGAUCCGACUGAAGCUUGCAGCUGUUUCCCGACUCAUCCACAGCAACAAAUCUGUAGUUCUAAUAUUGUGAUUCGUGCAAACAUAAAGAGUGAAAAAGUGGUUGAAGAUUCAUCUUCUUCUUUGAAAAUGAUCCGGUAUGAAAUCAAACAAAUAAAGAUAUUUAAAGGUUUUGAAAAAAUGAAAGAUGUUCAGUAUGUUUUUACAGAAUUGACAUCGGCAAAGUGUGGGAUAAAAUUAAACAUCAGUGACAAGAAGAACAGUCAGUAUCUCCUUUCAGGUGAAAUUUCACAUGAUGGAAGAGUUUUUAUUUAUUUAUGCAAUUUUAUUAAACCAUGGAAUAAACUUACCCGCUCUCAAAAGAUAAAUCUACGUAAGAAAUAUGAAAUGGGCUGUGACUGUAAAAUUACUGCCUGCAUUGAAAAAGGUUGUUACAGCACUGUUGCAUCCCAAGAAUGCCUAUGGACAGAUUGGCUGCUAGAGUCGACGGUCUAUGGAUAUCAAGCAAAUAAUUCUGCCUGUCUCAAGUACCGUGAUGGAGUUUGCAAGUGGCAUAAUAAUCUGCCAUAGUGAAAUAGUUAGUAUCCGAGAACCAUAAAUAAUAUAAAUUUUGGGGGAAACAUGAGAGGUUACGUGCUUAAUGUUGCCUGCUUAAUAGUCCUUUCCAAUAAUUGUCUCUUACUUAGAAUCAAAAGCAAAUUGUGCAGUGUAAUUAAAACACAAAAUACAUAGAACUGGCAUCCAGAUUAAUAUAAAAUGACAUUCCCGGCAGUAGCUGCUUUCAACAGUUAUUUUGAAACAUCCCUGUUUUCUAAGAAAGAAUGUUUUUUUUUAAAAAGUGAGAUUUAUUAAAAUUGUAAUUUCUACUCCUGUUAAUACAUUGCAAAAUUUGAAAUGUUUAAAAUAAUACUGUUUUCAUC